AUGUCAAUGAUAUCACAAACUGUCUUUUCUACUCUACGAAAUAUCAAACAAAAUUUAUUAACUCCAGCUAUAGUCACACAUAAUCAUGUCGUUGUCAGAAAUAAAACGAGAAAUACACGUUCAACGACACAAAAUCGAGGUGGUAAUAAAACAAGACCAUAUCAUAGGGGUUGGAAAUGUCAGGAUGGUGAAGUUGUUACUGGAGGAACUCUUUUAGCUACUCAAUUAAUACCCCGGUGGCAUCCUGGGCUCAAUGUUGGAUUUGGUAAAAAUGGAACUCUCUUUGCGAUCGUACCAGGAAAAGUAGUUGUCACAUGUGAAAAGUGUGACCUCAACUGGAACCACACUUGGGUACAAAGACACUACUCUGACAGAAAAGGCGAAGUUAUCUACAAAAAACAUUUCAAUAUUAUACCAGAGAAGCAGCACGACCGUUUCAAAUUGGUUGAUGCAAUUUAA